CGACAUGUUUAUAUAUACAGACACAUGAAUGUCCAUGUGUGUGUGUGUGUGAUUGUCCAAUUAGUCAAUGCAUUCGUCACAACCAAUCACACGACAAGGCCCAAAUCGCUGCGCCCUUGUCCAUCGAGGAAUGCACGGCACUCAGCAGAGCGGAACGCAUCAUAGAGCAGCCGCUCAUACCGCCCGUUUGCCUCUUCGGGCAAGGGCGCGCCUGUGCCAUCGACAAAGAAGGUGCUGCGAAGCUCUGCACAUCAAUCAUAGGCACAGCCAUACACACACGCAAGACAGACACGGGCAGUACAGUGUCUGGAGUGAUCUGAUUUCAUCUGAUCUGGUUUGAUCUGAUUGUGAAUUACUUACUUGGUUUGUCGUAGCACAGCUGUGCAAUCAGACCAUCGAAGUGUGACAGCUCUUUGGACGACGCACUCAGGGCCACUUCAGCGACUGAACACGCCGCGCCCAUACAGACAGAGAACGGACGAGUGGCUGGUGCGGUGUGCGACACGGCGUGUUAAAACUGACCUUGGAAUCCCUUUCGCAGAGCCUCCUCCGUGAUGACCUGUCCGCACACGGAGCCAAACACGAGUGCGCUAGUGUGACAUACACUUGGCUGGCUGGGCGAUAUGUCCAUUACCUCUCUCUCACCUCACCUCUUGUGUGGCGUGGAGCAGUGCCUGCGGCGAUGAGAAUGUGUCUGGGAAGGCCGUGCUGAUGCCUGAAUGGAGCAGGGACAUGACAAUGCCUGAAUGAAAUGAACCAGGAUGGGAUGAGUGAGUGUUAUCCGACCGACCAGUGAGGAAGUCCGAGUGCGUCCGGUUAGCACGGUACCUUCCUUGCCACACACACACACACAGACACACACACAGACACACACAGACACACACACAGAUAGACAAAGAGGAGCAGACAGACCGAUAUCGUGUCAUCACGGUGUCGUGGCUCACGCAUUCACUUACUGCGGCUGGCGCUGCGGCAGUGUCAGAUAGCGGCCCAUGCGGCCAUCUGACGUCACACACGCACACAACACACCGAAUCCGCGAUCAAGCAGGUGAGCGACGCUGUGGUGUGCCGUGGUGCGCACCGUCCACUUUCCAGAGGAAGGACGUGUGGUGCACAAACCGAUCCUUCGUGAAGCUCUGACAAUACAGAAAGAUAUCCGCAAGAGAUGGGGGGGAUGGGGGGGCACCAACUGACACACACAUAGUAGUUCUUCACCUGUGCGUUGCCGGCCACCUUGCGCAUCGACCCGUCGGCCAUGCGCACCACAUAGUCGUUCUCGGCCACGCCAAAGCCAGACGGCGCGCCAAAGACACCCUCAUACAGCCGCCUGGCCACAGACACGCAAGGCAAGCACAGCGCAGGUAAGCUCGUAUCGGUGUGUCCGUCCGUGUCUGUGUUCUGACCCGGUCCAUCGCAUGACGGGUCGUGGGAAGGGCUCCACGCCAGUGAAGGACUUGGGCAGGAUCAUGCUGCACAGCAGCACGUUCUCGUCAACCAACACAGUGCCGCCGCCCUGUAGACACACACACACAGACACACAACGCAUGACACACCCACACACGCGGCGUUCUGAGGGGGUGUCACUCUCUGUCCUUGACCCACGCUAUAUCGCCGGACCAGAGGGAUGCCUGCAUCAACAAAAUGCACAGAUGCGCGCAAGUGAACCACUGCCUUUGGUCUUCGCCUCGCAUACCAUACCAUCCUCCGUCGCAUUGUCGACAUGUACGAGCUGCUGCGGCUUGCCCGAUAUUCCCAGCACCACAGUCGGCUUGGCGGCCCAUCCCGCCCCCCAGUUGAGCAGCACCCACGCCGCUUGUGGUGGUGUGGUGCGGUACAGGGCCUCCUCCAGCAACAGCUGCUGGAAAAUGGGCAGCGAAGGAAGCCGCAAGAACGUCAGCACAGACGCAGACGACGUCAUUCAUCAGAUUGGCAGAUCACCAUGUUCUUUGCGUAGAUGAGGGCUUUGCUGAGGGUGCAGAGCCUCGGAUCUGCGCGAAGUCCCUCCGCCAU